UUUUAAUGCAUUAUAUUUAAAAGCUUCAAGUAAAGUGUUACCUUAAAUCCCAAGCACUUUAGUUUGUUUGUGUGUCCGCUCUAGUUUUUUAGAUUAGUGAGAUUGAGCGCAACACUUUUGUAGUUGAGUGACCCUAGCCGUCUUCUUUUUUCUUUUCUCCCUCCUCCUUUUACAAAAGCGACAGCAUAAACUGAAACCCUAGUGCAUUUGUUUUGUUGGGACAAAGAGGGGGAGGCUCCAGCCGCUCGAGAGAGGAGGAGGGGGUAUUAAAGGUUUGUUCCCUACAGGGCACAUGUGGACGGGGGUGUUGUUGUGCCUGUGUGCAGAUCAGAUGUGUGUUUUCUCAGCGCUAAAGGAAAUUGCAUCAGUAUGCAUUAUCCAGCAGGAGGAGGGACGUCUCUCUCUCAAUCCUCCCACUAGAGACGACACAGUCAUGGGUGCAGAGGAGCAUGGACUUACACUGGAUUAAUCAACUCACCUUUUUAUUUAUUUGCAUAUUUAUGGUUUUUCUACUAUCUUGAGCCCUGAAUGCGGACGCGGAGCACUAUGCACUCCAGAGUGAAGUCGCGGAGCUGUGAUAAUUACCUGAGUAUGCAGGACUCGGAGUCGUUGGACCGCUGUAUUCAGAGCGUGUUAUCAGCUCUGUAUCCUCCGUUCAGUGCCUCGGCGGCCACCGUCCUGUGGCAGCUCUUCAGCGUCGUGGAGAGACAGGCAGAGCUCUUCCAGUCGUGCGCUGCCGUUGUUACUCUGAGACGAGGGCUCUCAGCGGCCUCAUUCAACUCAGGCAUGAUCUUUGAGGGAGUCAUACUGCGAUUUAAAGACCCCUUUCUCUACAACAAGAGAUAUCCCCUCUGUUUUCACAAGAAAAUGUUUCUCCAAAACCCACCACCCCUGCAUAAAGUACGUCUACGGCAGGGAGAUUUCUACCUGCAGGUGGUUCCCUUAGGACACAAAGCUGCCAAACUGGUCAUAAAAUGCCUGUCAGGGAGCGGGCAGGCCAUUACGGAGAUCCCUGUGGCCGAGAGCAUGUACGGCAGCGUGUUCACGCCUGACUUCUUGCAGAAUGUAAUGCGUGAACGCAAGCUGCACCCUCUCCAGAAUUGCCUCCUCAGUACCGGUGCCGUGGUUUACCGAACGCCCUGGAAGAACGUGGUCAAUCCUUUGUUUGUGACCUGCACUGCAGAUGCAAUCAUGCAAGCACGGAGCGGCAGUGGGACCCUGCGGGGUCAACUAAGUACCUGCAGCACCCACGGAUCCACGGGAACGCUCAGUUCACGAGACUCCCUGGGAGCUGAGUCCACCGUAUCGGAGCCAGUCCUCAGCCGCAGCCUCACAGAUAUGGGCAUCAGCUCCCUGCACUCGGAGUAUUCGCCUUUGCACACGAGUCCUAACUCCCUUCCCCAGACGCCCACCUUGGGCAGCCCAGAUCAGGGAUGCAUUCGAGGAGGAAUUGGACACAAAAUUCUAUCGUUUAGCACAGACCUUAGCAAUCCCGGCCUUCGCAAGCGGCAUCCCAGAGACUCUGCUGCCUUCGAAUCUCGCCGACUUUUCCGCAAGUCCUACAUGGAGGCUUUGCAGAACCCUAUGAACCUUGGCUCCAGCUCUGAAUCAAUUCUGGAGGAAGAUCACAGAACUCAGAGCAAGAAUCCAAUAAUGCCUCCUGUCCCAAUAUCCACACAUGAAAAUCAGAGAUCCACUCCAAGUGCUGGGCAGGAAGCACAGCAGCCCCAGUCUGGAUCCGCGAUGAAGUCUCUGCACCGCUUACCUGCUCAACUCCCAGCCUUGUUCAGCUCCCAUCCAGAUGGUGUCUCUGAUGACGGUCUGCACUUGAGCUCCAGGAGGAACAGUAACAGCAGAGAUGAGUUUGUUCCUCACAAGCCCUGCAGCAGAUCGGCGGUGUCUGCGGCGCCACCUGCUGUCUGUCCUCUAUCCAUCACACAGCUUAACCACGAGCUCCUGACCUCCGGUGCUCUGACCCUUCCUGGUAACCAGGACCGCGGCGGCAGAGCUGUGCUGCAGGUGUGCAGCAGGAACCAGGUGUGGACAGACGCAGCUUUUACCACAAACCAGAUCAGCGAGCUGCUGUGCUACUACUGCGGCAGACUGAGGAGGGAGAAGCUCUGUCUGGGUUUGACGGUUCUCAUCGACGCUCGCAGGCAGCCGGUUGUGUCUGCGCUCUUCACAGCUCUGUCUGAGCUUCAGACUCUCGUACCCAAUGCACUUUACUCAGUUUUGAUCCUGGUGGACAGAGACGCAGCAGUGAAAGUGGACAGAUCACAUCUCAUUUCCUCAGAUGGUGACAGUGGUGAAGUGAGUGACGUCUCUGAAACUCUGCGCAGAAGCAAAUCGACUGAGUCGCAGCUCACCACGAGACACAGACACUACAUUCACUUCAGACAGGAGGUGUCAGAGGUCAUCAGCCAGCAGAAGAGUCUGAUGAAGAGCGUUCUGGACGACACCAAACUCAACCGCCUGCCGGAAAGAGGAGAUCUGCUGUGUCGAUGUAGGGACGCUGUGGAUCUGGUCGGUGCGCUGUAUGACCAGCUGGAUGAAGAGGUUCAUAAACUGGUCAUUCUGUCUAAUAAAUCCCUGCAGCAGCUGGAGAAGCUCCUGGAGCUGCGUGUCUCACAGGAGAGACACCAGGAGGUUAAGAGGUGGUUUUAUGUGGAGAGCGAGAAGCAUUUGGCUCCUCUGGACUCCUACAGUCUCUCUCUGAGCUCCAUCCAGGACAUGAGACAGAGUCUGGCGCAGUUCAUGGACGAGUCCUCUGAACAGCAGAAGAAAGCCGCAGCGUUACUGCGGGAGUCUGAAGCAGGAAGCAUCCACAGCUUUCCUGAACCGUGCUGCAGGUCCUGCAGGACUAUCACACAGACGCCACAAAGAAUCCUAACUAGAGAACCUCAAGCAUCACCCAUCCAGAAGUUUCUGAAACCAAACACAAAACGUGAGCAGCAGCGCUGGAGCAGUGUCUGGCAGCAGUGCCAACAAACCAGACAACAGCUGCAGGAGACGCUGGACAGAGCCGAGGCCGUAUCGAAGCCUGCGGAGACUCAGAACGGACUGCACUCCUCUGAGGUUCCCGCUCUGAACUCUUCUUCACCUCCGUGUUUUGAGGAUGAAGAUGAGAAGCGGCACUCAGCAGGUCCGUUUUCCAGAAGCCAGUUCCCGUUUGAGGACACCGACAGCGACUGCACCGUCGACUCGUCCGCCUCGUGUCACUCGGAGCCGCUGCAUUCACCGGCGACGCGCCUCCGCAAGCAGCCGCUCAAGAAGAUCAUGAAGAAGACGCUGAGCUACGAGCUGCCGGCGCGGGACAGAGCUCCUCACAGCUACAGCGGCGUCUGCAUCCGAGGACUGGAGGUCUCCAAUAUCACCAAGAACCCGGCGCUGGGCCGCAGCCGAAGCAUGUCGUCCCCAGACACCAAGAGACACAGCGGUAAAAUCCAGCACAUCAUGGACGAGAUGAUCUCCACCGAGAGAGAGUACGUCAGAUCCCUCGGAUACAUCAUCCAGCACUACUUCCCUGAGAUGGAGCGACUGGACCUUCCUCAGGACCUCCGAGGGAAGCGCAGCUGCAUUUUUGGGAAUCUGGAGAAACUGUGCGACUUUCACAGCCAGUAUUUUUUGACGGAUCUGGAGAGCUGCGCUCAUUCACCGCUGUCCAUCAGCAGCUGCUUCCUCAAACACGAGGAACAGUUCGGGAUUGUACGCCCUGUACAGCAAAAACAAAAGCCACGCUCAGACGCUCUGCCUAACGAGCCACGGAACUACCGUUUUUUCAAGAACAAGCAGGUGGAGCUGGGAGAUAAGAUGGACCUGGCGUCGUACCUGCUGAAGCCCAUCCAGAGGAUGAGUAAAUACGCUCUGCUCCUGAAGGAUCUGAUCCAGGAGUGCGGUCAGUCUCAGGAGCAGGAGCUGGCUGACCUCAGAACAGCGCAGGAGAUGGUCAGGUUCCAGCUGCGCCACGGGAACGACCUGCUGGCCAUGGAUGCCAUCCGCGGCUGUGAUGUCAAUCUGAAGGAGCAGGGUCAGCUUCGCUGUCAGGACGAGUUCAUCGUUUGGUGCGGACGCAAAAAAUACCUGCGCCACGUUUUCCUGUUCGAGGGAUCUCAUCUCUUCAGCAAGACCAAGAAGAGAUUGAAGGAGGAUAAGGACAUCUACAUCUACAAACAGUCCUUCAAGAGUGUUUGGUCUGGUCUCAGACGCGGCUGAGAAGUCGGGGAUGACGGAGAGCCGUGGGAGACAGCGGCCCUGCGCUUCGAGAUCUGGUUUCGCCGGAGGAAGUACAGGACAACCUUCAUCCUGCAGGCCGCUUCUGGAGAGGUGAAGAACAUCUGGACCGCCGUCAUCGGCAAGAUCCUGUGGAGACAAGCUUUAAACCGAGAGUCGCGGACGCAGGCGUCAAUAGCGGUGUCCCCGUUUGAUCACUCCACGCCGUUUAAGAGACCGCACUCCACCAUCUCCAACAGCAGCUCGUCCUCGUCCAGCAGCCAGUCCUCGUCUUCUCUGCUGAGCUCUCUGAACCUGCACCUGAGCCACUGGCCCUACGACUGCAUCGAGGAGGACGAGCUCGAGCACGACUCCACGCUGCACAUCACAGAAAUAUCAUUAGUGGAGUUCAUCUUCAGUCUAAAGUCAUUAAGAUCUGAUAAUAGAGCCUGUGGUGGGCAGAAGGUGUACAUGAACAGCAGCUGUUAA